UGGAGGAGAGCUCAGUGUUAAGAGAACCUGUCCACUGAGGAGAGAAGGACAAGAGAGGGGAGGAGAGAAGCAGCUCGUAACAGCAGGAACACAAGAGACACCUGAGAGAAACGAGAGCAACAGACAUCACCGGAAAUUGGGAGUUUUUGUGAGGAGAUUUCUGAGCUGAGAAAUAAAGAAGUCUGGACAUUCAAAAUAUUGUUCAUAGAAUUUUAAAUUGAGUCUGUGUUGAGGGACUGUCUCCAGUAUGUUCCUCCUGCUCUUGUUGUGUAUGUGUGGUCUUCUGCUGCGAGGUGAUGCACAGGACAGAGCUUCUCUCUGGAGGGGAAACGACCGCAGCGGGCGAUGCCAGUACACCUUCACUGUACCCAGCCCUGCAGAGGCCACCUGCCCACAGACGAGUGGCCCAGAAAUGGAGGGUCUGAAGGCCAGACUUGGUCUGCUGGAGGUGCUGGUGUCCCGCCUGACAGGUGGGGACACCGGGGGUCCCCAGGCGUCCGGAGCCAGGGCCCAGGCUGAGCUUCAGGAGGCGCUGGACCGGGCCACGGGGGAGAGGAACCUGCUGCGGGGGGAGAAGGAGCGUCUGGAGAGGGAGCUGGGGACACUGCAGCACAGGAUGGAGGAGAUGAGGAGGGAGAUGGAGAAGCUGAGGAGCAGACCCUGUCCCCUGCAGACCCCCAUAGUGCCGCCCAGCCCCUCUCUGCAGAACGGUGGCCUGAUGAGACCUGCUGCGGGCUCCAGUCAGAUGUCUCACCUGAUGAACAGGCCCAACAGACAGGGGGACAGCAGCAGUCUCAGAGACUCCGCGUGGCAGUAUGGACACACAGGUUUCCAGGAGCUGAAGGCCGAGGUGACGGAGGUGCCAGCUCCUGAUGGCGCUGACGACAACACAGGUUGUGGGGAGCUGGUUUCAGUUGGUGAGCCUGUCACUCACAGGAAAGCCGACAACAUAGCAGGUAAAUAUGGUGUUUGGAUGCAGGACCCUGAGGCCGUCUCCCCCUAUGGACCCAACAUGGUCUGGCGCAUCGACGCCAUUGGCACUGAUGUCAGGCAGCUGUUCGGCUAUGAAGACAUGGAACAACUCUCUAAAGGCUUUCCCUCCAAGGUGCUGCUGUUGCCCGAGCUGGUGGAGAGCACUGGUGCCACUGUGUACCGAGGCUCUCUCUACUAUCAGAGACGCCGCAGCCGCACCCUAAUCCGCUACGACCUCGCCUCUGAGAGCACCGCAGCCCGUCGUGACCUCCCCCACGCCGGCUUCCACGGCCAGUACCCCUACUCAUGGGGGGGCUACACGGACAUCGACUUGUCCGUGGACGAGCAGGGGCUGUGGGCCGUCUACUCCACCAGCAAAGCGAAAGGGGCCAUUGUGAUCUCGCAGCUGGACCCCAACACCCUGGAGGUGAAGAAGAGCUGGGAGACCAACAUCAGGAAGACCUCUGUGGCCAACUCCUUCAUCAUCUGCGGGAAGAUGUACACCGUGUCCAGCUACGCCGCACCCACCACCAUCAUCAACUACAUGUACGACACCGCCACCAGCCAGGGGAAGACCAUCGCCAUCCCCUUCAGGAACAAGUACCACUACAACUCCAUGGUCGACUACAGCCUGGCUCAGAGGAAGCUGUUUGCCUGGGACAACUUCCACAUAGUGUCCUACGACCUCAGGCUGGGUCGCAAGCAGGUCAACUGAGGCCGACCGCGGUGACUGCUGAGAGGAGACGUGUGCUCACCUGUUCCUGCUUCAAAGACUCAGAGCGUUAGAGACAAACGUGUGUGUGGUAGCAGCAGUUAGAAAGACAACACACCAUCAGUAUCCAACGUGUAGAGGAGCUGAACUACCAGAAUCCACAAAGAAGUGAAGAUGUUUGAGGAACAGCGCCCCCUGCAGGUUUGCUUUCUUUUUUCUCAGCGGGAGGACUCUUGCUGUGGCACAGUCCACAAAUAUGUUAGUAGAGGAAAUAUUUUUGUACCGCCUUUGAGUCAGAUGUAUUAUUAUUUUUCUGUUUUCUGUGAAGAUAUAAGUACACGUUAUAUUUGAGGUCUGAAAGAUGGAGAAUGGUUUAACAUCAGCAGCUAAGUGGGAUAAUUAAAGCAUACGAUUUACAACCCAAACACAUUACCAUGUUUCACCUGUUUUAUUAAAUAAAGUGCUCGCUCACUCAGUAUGUAUGGAUUAUUGCAUGCACUUGUACAUUGUUUUCUGUUCAAAAUCAUGAUGAAAUAAACUUCUUCCGAAAUUA